AUGUCAUCAGAUCAACCUCCAAUUGAUUCUGUGUCAACACAAGAAUCAAAUCCAACUACUCCUGUGGAAUCAACUCCUUUAAGCUCUAAACCAUCAUCAUCAUCUUCAACCACAACAAAGGGGUAUAAGCCAUUCCCAUGGUAUAGACUAUUUGUAUUUGAUCUUUUAUUAUGGUUCUUUUCCAUUAUCUUUGAUUGUUUCUUUAGAGAAAUCAGAUCAAGAGGGGCAUUUAGAAUCCCUCAAAAUGAUCCUGUUAUAUUUGUUGGUGCUCCUCAUGCCAAUCAAUUCGUUGAUGGUGUACUUUUAAUGAAUCAAGUUAAACGUGAAGCUCAAAGAAGAGUUUCAUUCAUGAUUGCUGAAUCCUCUUAUAAACUUAAAUUAAUUGGAUUCAUGUCAAAAUGUCAAUUAUCAAUCCCGGUGGUUAGAGUUCAAGAUACAUUAACAAAAGGUAUUGGGAAGAUUUAUUGUAAUUUUGAUGAAGAUCCUCUUCUUAUAACUGGUAAAGGUACUCAAUUCUUAACUGAAUGUUCAGUAAGAGGAUUAAUUGCUUUACCUCAAUUCUUAGGGGCUAGUGAAAUUGUGGAAAUUAUAUCGGAUACAAAACUUAAAAUUCGUAAAGAAUUUAAAAAAACAGAUCAAAUCUUAACUUUAUUAACGAAUGGAACUUCAUUUAAAAAAGCCGAUAAAAUCGAUCAAAAGAAAGUAUUCAAAUAUGUUUUCAAUCAUUUAUCCCAUGGUAAUUGUCUUGGUAUUUUCCCUGAAGGUGGAUCUCAUGAUAGAACUGAUUUAUUACCUUUAAAAGCGGGUGUAGCCAUCAUGGCGUUAGGAGCUAUGGAAAAUGAUCCAAAUUGUAAUGUUAAAAUCGUUCCUUGUGGAAUGAAUUAUUUCAAUGCUCAUAAAUUUAGAUCAAGAGCUGUGAUUGAAUAUGGUCAUCCCAUUGAAAUUCCAAAAGAAUUAGUUAAAAAAUAUUCAAAUCCUGAAACUAAUAAAGAAGCAGUUAAAGAAUUAUUAGAAAUCGUUACCACUGGUUUGAAAGCCGUUACGGUUUUAUGUGAAGAUUAUGAAACUUUAAUGGUGGUUCAAGCCGCUAGAAGAUUAUAUGCUCAGAAUUUCGCUCAUCAUUUACCCUUACCAUUAAUUGUUGAAAUGAAUAGAAGAUUAGUUAUGGGUUAUGAACAUUAUAAACAUGAACCUAAAGUUCAAGAAAUUAAAACCAAGAUUUUGAAAUAUAAUGAAAUGUUGAAUCAAUUAUAUUUACCUGAUCAUCAUGUGGAAGAAUGUGAUGAAUCAAAUAAAUUACGUGUUUUACCAGUUUUAAUCCUUCGAAUUUUAAAAUUAAUCUUUUUCGUUAUAUUAGCUUUACCAGGUGCUACGUUGUUUUCCCCCGUAUUCUUAUCGGCUAAAUUAAUUUCAAAACGGAAAGCUGAAGAAGCAGUUUUAACUUCAUCGGUUAAAAUUAAAGCUCUUGAUGUCAUUGCUACUUGGAAAAUCUUAGUUAGUAUGGGUAUUGCUCCUAUAGUGUAUAGUUUCUAUGCUUCAAUCGGAACUUAUUAUGCUUAUACUAGAGGUAUAUUACAAUUCAAAUUAAUUUCAAUUUGGCUCUUACUUUAUUGUUUAGGGGUAUUGGUGACUUAUGCUGCUUUGGUUACGGGUGAACAAGGAUUGGAUUUAUUUAAAUCAAUUAGACCAUUAUAUCUUUCAGUUACCAAUGGUUCAUCCAUUAAAGAAUUAAAGAAAUUCAGAGAUGAAUUAAGUGAAGAUAUAACGGAAUUGGUUAAUACUUUUGGACCUCAAUUAUUUCCCAAAGAUUUUAAUUUAUUAGAUAUGAAACAAAGAUUGAAUAUCACUGAUGAAGUGAAUUAUGUUGAUAGUGAUGAAGAAGAAGAUCGUAAGACUGAAGAAUUAAGACAUAGAAGACAACAAAAACGUAAAGAUGCCAAAAGAGCUGCCAAGAAGAUUGGUGAAAGGAUUGGAUUGGAAUCUUCAGAAACAGAUUUAUCCCUUCAAAAAGAUGAUAAACAUUCAUCAUCAGUAUCGGAUGGUAUAUCAUUAAUGAAUUCAGAUAAUUCCUUAACUAAUAUCCCAAUGUUUUCUGAUUAUCAAUUACAUCAAAAUGUUAAAAAUAAAGAUUUGGUAUUGGAACAACAAUCAACCUUACCUUCUACUUCAUCAAUAUAUGAUGAUUAUCGUUAUAGUACCAGUAACGAAUUACAUCGUCAAUAUCCUCAUUUAUCGACCCAAAGUCACUCUUCCUCCAAUAGUACUGCUAAUAGUUCAAAAGUAUCCAGAACAAGUUCAAGUGAAAAUGUUAUGGAAUUGAAUUUUGAUAGUAAAUUAGAUCAUAAGAAUUUAAGUGAUAAAAUUAAAUCAAAAUUAAGAGAAUCAAGAGGUAAAGAAGAUUAA